GCAUGCAUUGAUUCGCUAACAUUCGCUCUAAAGACUUGCGCCAGCCUUCUGUGGUCAAGUAGUUUGCUGCUCUGAUUUGUUGUAAUAAAAUUUUAGCUGAAAGGAUACUUAAAACCCCCGAGUUUAUCAGUUUCGCGUUAAAGGAUUAAAAACCAAAAAAAUUAAAAAUUCAAAACGUGCCGUGAGAGUUUUUCGCAAUUCAGCUAAAUUCUAGACGCAAUCAGUUCAGUUCAGGAACGAAUCUCCUUCGCCAGGCAAUUAAGCAGUGAAAGUGCUAUACAUUUCGAGUGCUUAUUUGCAAAGUAUUUAACAAAACAAAACAAAAUCUAUAACAAAAGUAUACAAAGUGCUUCAACUUUGCAUAAAUUUUGAAAGAAUCAAUUCUUUUUUGUAAACCAAAACAAAAACCAACACAAAACUCAAGCAAAAUGAUGGCCGUAGCAGCUGCCCAAAAGAACCGCGAAAUGUUCGCCAUUAAGAAGUCCUACAGUAUUGAGAAUGGUUAUCCAUCCCGUCGCCGCAGUCUUGUCGAUGAUGCACGCUUCGAGAGCCUGGUGGUCAAGCAGACCAAACAAACUGUGCUCGAGGAGGCGCGCAACAAGGCAAAUGAUGCCUCGCUGGAGGAGUGCAUUCAGCAGGCGAAGGGCGAGCAUGUGCCCGCCGAGCAAAAUGUCGAGCUGCAGGACGAGCAGCCCAACUUGGACAACUUGGGAGCUGGCCGUUGAGGAUGAAUAUGUUUCAGUCGAAAAUAUUGAAACUGAAGCAGCAAUUGAAAACAGCGCUGAGCAGCCAGCCGAUGAUGAUGAAAAGCCCAAGAACGAUUAUGGCCUCACCGAGGACGAGAUUGUCUUGGCCAACGCCGCCUCCGAGUCCCCCGAGGCUGAGGCUGCCAUCCAGAGCGCCGCUUUGGUUGUGCGCCUCAAGGAGGGCAUCUCAUCGCUGGGCCGCAUCCUCAAGGCCAUCGAGACGUUCCACGGCACCGUGCAGCAUGUGGAGUCGCGUCAAUCGCGCAUCGAAGGCGUCGAUCACGAUGUGCUCAUCAAGCUCGACAUGACCCGUGGCAAUCUGUUGCAACUGAUUCGCUCGCUGCGCCAAUCGGGCUCCUUCAGCAGCAUGAAUCUGCUGGCCGAGAACAACAUCAGCGUGAAGGCUCCAUGGUUCCCCAAGCAUGCCUCUGAGCUGGAUAACUGCAACCAUCUGAUGACCAAGUACGAACCCGAUUUGGACAUGAACCAUCCCGGAUUCGCCGACAAGGUUUACCGUCAGCGUCGCAAGGAGAUUGCCGAGAUUGCUUUCGCUUUCAAGUACGGAGAUCCAAUUCCACACAUCAACUACACCGAUGUGGAGGUCAAGACCUGGCGUUCGGUCUUCCGCACCGUUCAGGAUUUGGCCCCCAAGCAUGCUUGCGCCGAAUAUCGUGCCGCCUUCCAGAAGCUCCAGGAUGAACAGAUCUUUGUCGAUCAUCGUCUGCCCCAGCUCCAGGAAAUGUCCGACUUCUUGCGCAAGAACACUGGCUUCUCGCUUCGCCCAGCUGCUGGUCUGUUGACCGCUCGCGAUUUCCUCGCCUCGCUGGCUUUCCGCAUUUUCCAGAGCACACAGUAUGUGCGUCACGUCAACUCACCAUACCACACACCCGAGCCCGAUACCAUCCACGAGCUCUUGGGUCACAUGCCGCUGCUGGCCGAUCCCAGCUUCGCCCAGUUCUCACAGGAGAUUGGUCUGGCCUCGCUGGGCGCCUCCGAUGAAGAAAUCGAGAAGCUCUCCACGGUCUACUGGUUCACUGUUGAGUUCGGUCUCUGCAAGGAACACGGUCAGGUCAAGGCCUACGGUGCUGGUUUGUUGAGCGCCUACGGCGAGCUGUUGCACGCCAUCAGCGACAAGUGCGAGCAUCGCGCCUUUGAGCCCGCUGCCACUGCUGUGCAGCCGUAUCAGGAUCAGGAAUAUCAGCCCAUCUACUAUGUGGCCGAGAGUUUCGAGGAUGCCAAGGAUAAGUUCCGUCGCUGGGUCAGCACCAUGUCGCGUCCCUUCGAGGUGCGCUUCAAUCCACACACCGAGCGCGUCGAGAUCUUGGAUUCGGUUGACAAACUGGAGACACUCGUCCAUCAGAUGAACACUGAAAUUCUGCAUCUCACCAAUGCUAUCCAGAAGCUGCGGCGUCCAUUCUAAAAACAGCUUAAAAGCGUGAACAUUUCCCCCUACAAAAAAAAAACAUCGUUCUCAUACACAGGUGCAACGGUCUCAUUUUAUACAAAUUAAUUUUAAAUUGACAUACCCCACACACACUCACACAAAAUAUCGUAUUGAAAGCACCGCCACUUUUUUGUUUAUUUAAUUUUUAUUCCCCCCCACCACUUUUCUGUAUUAUUCACACAUUAAUUUUUGUUCAGUUUUCGUCUCUUUCCUCCCCCUCACAUAUAAUUCACUUUUGUGCAUUGCAUAUUUAUUAUUCCCAACUAAAUAUUAUUGGACCAAAAAAUCUUUAGACUUUUAAGUGAUGUGAAAAAAACAAAGCAAUCAAAGUUAAAAAAAGGACCUCAAGGUUCAUCAUACACUCAUCCACACACAAACACACACACACAAGCAACCGCUGUAUACUCAGCCACGAAUUUGUUUUUGUAUUAUUUUUGUUUAAUAAUUAAUAAUUACAUAAAAUACAUAGAAGUGAACGCGAUAAAAGUAUUCAAUCGGUAACUGAACAGUUGGCCCUAUAUAUAACUAUAUCUAUUUACAAUAUCUUACACUUAUCCUUAUAGAAAGUGUAUUUUUUGCAAACAACAAACAACAAUUGAACAAGAUUUUUGCUUACAUUGUACAAUAACUGGAAACGACAAUAUUACAAUUGUGUACUAUUAUUAUUAUCUAUUAUUAUUAUUUUUAUGACUAUUAUGUAUUGUAUUGUAGGUAUGUAGAGUUUAUUAUUAUUUUUUACUUAAGUUUUGUGUAUUAAUAAAGUUUAAAAUACAAUUGAAAAAUAA